AUGACCGACCAUCUCCCUCCCCUCCCCGCCGAGUACGCCCGCGGCCUCGAGCUCAUCGACGCUGCUCAUGCCCAAGAUUCAAGGACAGUCGAAGCCCCUGAUGGGACCACGAUCCCAUUUGAGCUCAACUACGCUCAAAAGAUGACCAAGUGGCUCGCCCGCCGAUGCCCUGACGCCAGCCCCGUUCUCCAGCUCGCCUGUCGAGCACAGCACUUCCGAAGAUGGGAGAUCCCUCGAAGCAGCUACCCAAUGACUCGUCCCGGCUACUUGACUUGGAGAGCAAAGCUCAAGGCUCAAGCCGCCGCUCAAGUUGCUGAGCUCCUCGCUUCUCCAGAGAUUCAGCCCCCCAUUCCCGAGGAGGACCGCGCUCGAGUGGCUGCCUUGAUCCGCAAGGAGAACCUCAAGGCGGAUGAAGAGACGCAGGUUCUUGAGGACACAGCAUGCCUCGUCUUUCUCGACGAUCAGUUUGACGACUUUGAGAAGAAGUCGGAUCUGGACGAGGCAAAGAUGAUAGGCAUCCUUCAGAAGACAUGGGGCAAGAUGGGUGAAAGGGGGCGGGAGCUGGCCCUCGAGAUGAACCAUAGCGACCGGGCCAAGGAGCUGAUAGGAAAGGCACUCGCUGGCUGA